UGCGCAAUCACCGGAUGAAACGUCACAGUCACAUCUCCCACAAUCCUGCACUGCAUUAGCGAUCAGAAAUGGCGUCGAGGGCACCAGCUGCAACCAGCAGGCUCUUGGUGGGCUUCAGGAAAUGGUACUAUAAUGCAUGCGGUUUCAACAAACUUGGUUUGAUGCGGGAUGAUACCAUCUACGAGGACUUGGAUGUGAAAGAGGCUGUUCGUCGGCUCCCAGAACCAGUUUACAAUGACAGGAUGUUCCGCAUCAAGAGAGCUCUGGAUCUGUCAAUGAAGCAACAGGUUCUCCCUAAGGACCAGUGGACUAAAUAUGAGGAGGACGUACGCUACCUUGAGCCCUAUCUUGUUGAGGUUGUUCGUGAAAGGAAGGAGAAAGAAGAGUGGCUGAAAAAGUAGGGUGAACGCAAUGAGGCUGAAGCUCCGAUAUGGUGUGAUGUCUGGUGUCUUGUAUUUAAGAGAAAAUGUAUUAUGUGAUGAGUAGCAGUACUCAUUAAAAUUUCCUUUGACAAAA